UUGUGAAAUUAUAUCCUCUGGUUGUUUCAAAAGAAAAAAAAUAAAUAAAGGAGGUAAAGAAAAAUGAACCUAAACAAGAGAGAAAGAGAGAUGGGAGAAGAAGGAAGCACAGGAAGAGUAACGUGCUCGAUUUUAUCCAUAGACCACACCAAUAUGUUUUACAGAGUCUGCGCCGUUUGCGAAAGAACUAUUUCCGACCCCACUUUCGUCUGCCACCCCUCCAACCCUCCCUCCAAACGACUCUUUCGCAUCCUCAUGUCGGUUGCCACAGACACACAGGUUCUCACUGUCGUCUGCUUCGACAGGGUUGCCAGGCUCCUCUUCGGCUGCUCCGCCGAUGAGUUCUUCCACUUUGCCAAACUUCACCCUUUUUCAGGGGUCACUGUAAAUGAAAUACUGGAGGGAGAGAUCUUCACUAUAACUUUAUCCAAACCAGUCAAUGCCAAUGCACAACAUUUAAGAGUUGCAUCUGCUGUUCCUUUGAGCUCUGCAUUUCGACCCGCAAUUCACCUUUUGAAACAAUGCUACGAAACACCUCAUCAUUCCUAGUUUCAACUAUUGCUACAAGGUUAUGCCGUUCGGCUUGAAGAAUGCAGGGGAACCUGCGUGCAUCGAUGAUCUCCUUCCUCUAAGAGACACGAUCUAGCUACAGGAACAGUCACCACAUCAGUUUACUUUGUUUUUAGUGUUUCUAUAUUGAUAUUCCCCUUUUCAUUAUUGUAAUGGAACCUCAUUUUUCUAAGGUCAUGUUUUUUCGCUAAUAUUGCUGCAUAUACUUGUUCAAGAAUUGAAAUUUGCUUGAAUAAAAUCAGGUUACAAGUGUUAA